GCUCUCUCAUACGUUUCAUAAUUGUUGGGUUUUAGACAUGACAACAUAUACAAACAUGCACUAACCUUUCUCCACCUCGUUGUCUAGUCUAGUCUCAUUCCUCAAACACUUACUAGGUAGCUAUAACCACCACCGUCAAAAACAAAGUAGCAUUGUGGACAAAAACAUUCACUAGUUAGAUAUGGGAAGAACUCCUUGUUGUGCAAAAGUAGGGUUGAAAAGAGGAAGAUGGACAGCAGAAGAAGAUGAGAUCUUGUCAAAAUACAUUCAAGCCAAUGGAGAAGGUUCUUGGAGGUCAUUGCCAAAGAAUGCAGGAUUAUUAAGGUGUGGGAAGAGUUGUAGACUAAGAUGGAUUAACUAUUUGAGAACUGAUCUAAAAAGAGGGAACAUUUCUGCUCAAGAGGAAGAUACCAUUGUGAAGCUCCAUACUACUUAUGGUAACAGGUGGUCCAUGAUAGCUAGCCACUUGCCAGGAAGAACGGACAAUGAAAUUAAAAAUCAUUGGAAUUCUCACCUAAGCAGAAAAAUCUACAGUUUCUCAAAAAUUUCCACAACUAUAGAGCCAAAGAUCAUGGAUAUUGUUCGUCCUCCUAAGCGUAAAUGUGGUAAAACAAGUCGUUGGGCCAUGAAGAAGAACAAAAGCUACAAAAAACAAACCAUUAUUAAUACUAAAGAAAAUUAUAUUGAACCAGAAGUUCAAAUUCCACGUACUCCUUCACUAGAUUGUGAAGUUACAGAGAAAAUAAUCGAUGACGUGGAGGUAAAAACAACACAUGAUGAGAAAGAAACAACGUAUGAAUUAUGUGACGACAUCUUAGGGCUUAGUGAGUUGUUAGAUGACAUUAAUGAAGACAGUGGGGCAAUGUGUAUAAGUACUCAUGUCAAGACAAUGGAAAAUUGUUUGCUGGAAACAAGUGGGUCUGUUUCAAAUUUAAGUCAAGAGAGAGAAAUGAUGGGUGAUGGAGGUGAAGAAAAUGAAAGAACAACCAAUGAUGAUGGAGACUGUCUUAAAUAUAAUUUGGUUUCAUGUGAAGACCCCGAAAGUAGUGUGAACCAAACCUCAAACAACGGUGAAAGUGGAGAAUGGUCUUUGAAUAUGGGUUUAGAUUUGGAUGAUAAAUGGAAUUGGGAGAGUGUUAUGGAAUUUAGUUUUGAUGAUGAUAAUAGUAAUAGGGAGCAUAAAGAAAAUCUUUUGAAUUGGUUGUGUGAAGAUGAUGAUUGGGAAGGUGAUAGUAAGAGGUUGGGUGAGAUAGAUUCUCAGAAACAAAAUGAUUUGAUUGCUUGGUUUCUCUCUUGAAAAAACAAUGUUGUUCUGGUUUGAGUGUUUAGGGUUUUUUCUUUUUUAUGGGUUUUAGUGAGUAGCUUAUUUUUUACAUUGCCAAUUUAGUGUAGCUUUUUGAAAAAUUUGUCAUUGUAGAAUAAAUAAUAAAACGUGAAUACAAAAUAAUAAAAGUGAGUGGUGAAUUUUUUGGAUUGAUUUA